UUUUAAUGCUGCCACCACAUGUGCCACAUAGUCGAAAUCCAAAAAGUUGUUCAUACAAGCAAUUUACAGAUUUGGGACUUCGUUGUUUUGCGCCAUCAUCUAUCCUGUUCAUUGAUAUUACUGAUACACUAAAGUUAUGGCCAACCUUUGUAAAGUGAAGACGUUGGGAAGUUUGUUAUUGAGGUCGAAUUUUAAUGGAAUAAACUCUGUUGGACGUUCUGGCAAAUAUGCACAAGCAAUGGGAUUUUUAAGUCACCAUCGCACAAGCACUCAAUUAUCAGUUCAUGAGCGGAUUGAAGAGAAAAGGAAAAAGGCUCUUCAAGGUGGUGGACAAUAUCGUAUGGAAGCACAACAUAAGAAGGGCAAAUUGACCGCGAGAGAGCGUAUUGAUCUUCUACUUGAUCAAGGAACAUUCAUUGAAUAUGACAUGUUUGUUGAACAACGAUGUACAGACUUUGGAAUGGAUGCUGAUGCUAAUAAGUUUCCAGGAGAUUCUGUUGUAACUGGACAUGGAUUAAUUCAUGGAAGACAAGCAUUUGUGUUUUCACAAGAUUUCACUGUAUUUGGUGGAUCUCUGUCAUCUGCCCACGCUCAGAAAAUUUGUAAGAUAAUGGACCAAGCUAUGCUUGUUGGUGCUCCAGUCAUAGGACUGAAUGAUUCUGGUGGAGCUCGAAUCCAAGAAGGCGUAGAAUCACUUGCUGGUUAUGCAGAUAUAUUUCAGCGAAACGUCAUGGCAUCUGGUGUUGUACCGCAAAUAUCAUUGAUCAUGGGUCCGUGUGCCGGUGGUGCAGUGUAUUCUCCUGCACUAACUGACUUUACUUUCAUGGUGAAAGACACGUCUUAUUUAUUUAUUACUGGACCUGAUGUUGUCAAGUCUGUCACAAAUGAGGAUGUUACACAAGAGGAAUUAGGUGGAGCCAAAACUCACACAACAGUAUCAGGAGUUGCGCACAAAGCCUUUGAAAAUGACAUAGAUGCCUUGUUACAAUUGAGAGAAUUUUAUAGUUAUUUACCACUCAGCAAUCUUGACUCAUCUCCUAUGUUAAGAAAUGACGAUCCUGCUGACCGGUUAUGUCCUAUACUGGAUGAUCUCGUUCCUAUUGAAAGUACGAAAGCAUAUAAUAUGUUGGACGUUAUUUCUGCUUUAUCAGACAAUAACAAGUUCUGGGAAGUGAUGCCAAAUUAUGCCAAAAAUAUUGUCAUUGGGUUCAGUAGAAUGGAUGGACAAACUGUUGGAUUUGUUGGUAAUCAACCCAAAGUUGCAUCAGGUUGUUUGGAUAUAAAUGCAUCAGUCAAGGCAGCAAGAUUUGUUAGAUUCUGUGAUGCCUUCAACAUCCCUAUAAUAACAUUGGUAGAUGUGCCUGGGUUUCUACCUGGUACUGCUCAGGAAUAUGGAGGAAUUAUAAGACAUGGAGCCAAACUUCUUUAUGCGUUUGCAGAAGCAACAGUGCCAAAAAUAACCAUAAUUACUAGAAAGGCUUAUGGUGGAGCAUAUGAUGUCAUGUCUUCGAAACACUUGCGAGGAGAUGUAAAUUAUGCAUGGCCGACUGCUGAAGUCGCUGUGAUGGGAGCUAAAGGAGCUGUGCAGAUUAUAUUCAGAGGAAUACCAGAUCAAGCUGACAGGGAGGAAGAAUACGUUGAAAAAUUUGCAAAUCCUUUUCCUGCUGCAAUAAGAGGUUAUGUUGAUGAUAUCAUUGAACCAAACACGACAAGAGCUCUCAUUUGUAGAGACUUAAAAUUACUUGGUAGUAAGAGGCAGAGCAAUCCAAAGAAAAAACAUGCUAAUAUACCUCUUUAAUGAAAACAACUUUAAAUAUUAUUCAUUUGCUUUUUAUCAACUUAUUGCAUCUUAGCCAUUUUCCCAGUUCAAAAUUCAUCAUAGCCAAUUAUAUUAUUUGUCAUUUUGGUAUCAUCAGAACAUUAUUCAAAUUGCUUGCUUGCAAUUUUAGCUGCAUUUGUAAUGGCUCCAUAAAAUCAGCGAUUAACUAUUACAACAAUUUUAGCAUGGGAUUUUUUUUGUUUUAUCGUGAUAUACAAAUUAGACAGUUGUGUGAAAUUAUCGGUGAUAUGUAAAAUAAUUAAAAAUAACAUAGAUCAUAUUUGGUGAAUAUUUUGAAACCUGUUUGUGCCAAGGAUGAAUUUUUAACUGGGUAGAAGAUAUUUUUAUCAUGUUCUUGAAAAAUAGUAUUUGAAUUAUGAUAUUACAUAAAGGCUACGUUGUUGUAUAACACUGGCCAGUUGAUUCAAUAUUAUAUUGAAUACAAUUUAGUUGGUGGUGUAUCCUGACACACUUAAAAUGUACUGUGUGUAGUACAGUGUUUUUUCAUAGGAGUGUUUUUUCAUACUAAAGGGAAAUAAGAUAAAAUUAGCAAUAUUUAGCAUACAAAAUAUCUUUUCAAUCUCAAUUAAUGUUUAUUUAUUAUUCAAAACUAUUCAAGUCACAAUGAUGAUAUUUUAAUUUGAUUUUUUCUGAUAUUUUGGCGUUGUUGAAUCGUACUACCUUGAUAAUAUGUACUGUUUUAAUGUUGUUUAUCAAACUGUCCCCCUCUUACAUUAAUGUGAAAAUAAACUUUUUGCUAGUCCUCAGAAUGCUCUUAUUUACCAAUGAAUAUAAGUCCACUUUAACUUUCAG